AUGUCCUACAAACGUUCGCGGUCCACGUUCGAAACAGACAGCAACCAUGCGCCGUACGCCCUCUUCGGCACGCCCCUCCCCGACGAGGCCGAUUCCCGCGACGAUGGCGCGUACCUGCCUUUGUGGAAGCAAGAAGUGAGGGACGAGAGGGGCCGAAAGCGGCUGCAUGGAGCUUUUACCGGUGGCUGGAGCGCCGGCUACUUCAACACCGUCGGCUCCAAAGAAGGUUGGACCCCGUCCACCUUUGUAUCGAGUCGGAGCUCCCGCAACAAGGAUGGCACCGCCUCGACGCAGCAGCGCGCCGAGGACUUUAUGGACGAGGAGGAUCUGGCCGACGCCGCCGAGUCGCAACAAAUCCAGACCUCUCAGGCGUUUGCAGGGCUGGGAUCGACCUCUCAGGGCGAAGACCGGCCAGCGGGUCUGAUGGGCUUGUUCAAGACGGAGGGCAACACCAUGGGGCUGCAGCUGCUGCGCCGGAUGGGCUGGAAAGAUGGGCAGGGCAUUGGCCCCAAGGUGCGCCGAAGCGCUCGACUCGAUGUCGGCAAGCCGUCCUCAGGAGACCAACCCGAGACACAUCUUUUUGCCCCGGACAACGCCCCGAUGAUACAGUUCGUGCGAAAAACCGAUCGCAUGGGUCUCGGGCACCAGAGACAGUCGAAGCUUCAGGCUCUUGGGCAGAGACGAGACGCGAUCGACGAGGAAGACGAAGACAAUGACAAGCCAGACGACGGGGCGCGGCAUUCGCUCUUUGAAGCGAAAAGGCCCACGACAAAGCCGGCGCGGGGUGCAUUCGGCAUAGGGGUUCUAAACGACACCGGCUCUGACGACGAGGACCCUUACGACAUUGGUCCCAAGAUCAAAUAUAACCGCGUCAUCGGAGGCGACAAAAAGAAGAAGAAGAAGGCGUCGGCUUUGGCGAACCCGUCACUCGACAAAGCACCCAAAUUCGUGCCAAGGAUGGCCAGGGCCGGCGAUAGCCUCAGGCGGUGUCAUGACGGACGGCUGCCGCUUCCGGGGUACGUUCUGGCCAAGGUCACAGAAGACCUAGCGUCGCUGUUCUCCGAGUACGCCCCUCCAGCGGUCCCGCCCGAUUGGAAAUCAGCAAAGGAUCCAACAGCAACGUCAAGUUCUUCGGACUACCUAUCAGCAGCGGAUGCCGCGAAAGCAUCUUCUCUUGGUCCUCGCGAACGAGCAGCUUUACUCGGCGAGAAGGCACUGCCGGGCAAGUCCGUCUUCGACUUCAUCUCUGCCACGGCUCGAGACAAACUCGCCGCGGCAUCCGGCAAGUCUAAUCUCCCACCUGCUCGAGGGGAGAUACCUGCCGAGCUGGCCAUGUCCGAGGAGGAGAAGCGGAAAGCUCUCUGGGACCGAGCCCCCAAACUAGAGCGCGAUACGGCUGCGGCAGCGCUCGCCCGGAGUGCGGGCGGGCCGUACGCCGACGACGAGGCAAAGCGCACGCGAUAUCGUCGGUACUUGGAGAACCAGGCAAACCCGGGUCUUCCACCGCCGGAGAAGCGCAAUGGCGUAUCAGACGACGACUUUUUGCGGGAGGUGAACGAGUUUUACAAUUGCGCGCGGAUAUUCAAGCCGAUGACUGGCUUCAUGGCGUCCCGAUUCACGACAUCCAAGACGGUCCUGAACUCGACGUCUGCUGCGGAGGACAAGACAGAGCUCUUGGCCAAGCCGGAGCCCAAGGUUGCUGACCCUGCGGAGGAGGCAGCAAGGGUGGGCAUGUUCGGGCACAUGACGCGGACAGUCGCCGACUUUUAUCCAACCCGCCUCUUGUGCAAGCGAUUCAACGUGAAGGCGCCUGCGCAUUCGCGUCCGGAUAACGAGCCCGAGUCGAACCGCCCGAGGAACAACACGGAGAGCUGGCCGAUGCCCGCUCAGGAGGGAGAGUCGAGAACCGCGGCGCCACCUGUGCCCGUUGGUGCUUUGCCCGCGUUACCUGCGCCGGUACAGAGCGAAAGUACCGCGGCUGGUGCGCAUGUCAAAGAGCAGAACAAGGUCACGGAGGUAGAUCCGGAGAGGAACGAGGCGCUCGAGGGGAAGGCGGCCAACGAGGACGUCCUGCGUGCCAUCUUUGGCGAUGCCGAUAGCGAUAGUGAGUGA